UAGCAUUUUCAGUGAGUAUACAAUAUUUUUCCUGUGAAUCAUAGAAAUAAUGAAUAAAAAUAUAAUCGGCUGGUCACUACUGGGCACUCAGUUGUACAAACUUUUAUUAUUUUGCCAAAGGAAAACAGGAAAUAACUUAAACUUUAUAGAAAGUUGUUGCUUAAUUUUAUCAAACGAGUCAUGUGGAUUCUUGCAAAGAACGGAAGCUUUAGAUCAUCUGCUGGAUAUCUCAAAGAGCCAAUCAAAAGAAGUUGUUCUACAAUCACAAUGUUUUUUAGAAAGCAAAGUUUCUUCUGUUGAGCAUAUAGAAUUGGGUGCUUCUGUUACUUUAAAGCUAACGGUACUCAGCCAUGCGCCACUGGACAUUAUUGUUGAUAGAGUAAUUCUUUUUAUAGAAAAGGAUGACUCUCGACCUGUAGAAACUAAUAUGAAUCCAUCAAAUCUUUUUAAAAAUUUACUGGAAAGUAAUACAAAUAUAACUAUACAGAACGCAAAAGUUAUACUAAUAAUAUUAUAUUUGUAA